CGCACCAUCUCCGGCUCCGCGAUUCGCCCUUUAUUCUGAACUCGCAACGUCAGCGGGCCGGCGGAUGGAACCGCGGGGCGCGGGCCGGGCCGCCCACAGCGCGCCGGGCCGGGGAGCGGGCGGCGGGGGCGCGCGGGGGCCCGGGCCGCGUGGGCGCCGGGAUGGAGGGCGCCGAGGGGCGGGGAGCGGGCGUGCGUGUGUGCGAGUGCGAGGGAGGCCGGCCUUUAGUGUAACCGGAGCUACAAAGAAGGGGAGAGUCCGGGAGAGGGAGGGAGGAGCGGCGGCGGCGGCGCCGGGGGCAGCUCCGCCAGCCGGCCCCUUCCCCCGCGCCCGCGCCCGCGCCCGCGCCCGCCCGGAAUGAUGAAGAAGAACAAUUCCACCAAGAGGGGGCUUCAGGAUGGCAACCAGCCGUCCGCACCGCCUGAGAAGGUCGGCUGGGUCCGGAAAUUCUGCGGGAAAGGGAUUUUCAGGGAGAUUUGGAAAAACCGUUAUGUGGUGCUGAAGGGGGACCAGCUGUACAUCUCUGAGAAGGAGGUAAAAGAUGAGAAAAAUAUUCAAGAGGUGUUUGACCUGAGUGACUAUGAAAAGUGUGAAGAGCUCCGGAAAUCCAAGAGCAGGAGCAAGAAAAAUCAUAGCAAGUUUACUCUUGCCCACUCCAAACAGCCCGGCAACACGGCUCCCAACCUGAUCUUCCUGGCCGUGAGUCCAGAAGAGAAGGAAUCAUGGAUCAAUGCCCUCAACUCUGCUAUCACCCGAGCCAAGAACCGCAUCUUGGAUGAGGUCACCGUUGAGGAGGACAGCUAUCUCGCACACCCCACUCGAGACAGGGCAAAAAUCCAACACUCCCGCCGCCCCCCAACUCGGGGACACCUGAUGGCCGUGGCUUCCACCUCUACCUCGGAUGGGAUGCUGACUUUGGACCUGAUCCAGGAGGAAGACCCUUCCCCGGAGGAACCGGCCUCUUGCGCCGAGAACUUUCGCGUGGACCUGGACAAGUCUGUGGCCCACCUGGCCGGCAGCCGGCGGAGAGCAGACUCAGACCGCAUCCAGCCCUCCUCAGACCGAGCCAGCGGCCUCCCCCGGGCUUGGGAAAAGCCAGACAAGGGGGCCACCUACACGCCCCAGGCCCCCAAGAAGCUGAGCCCCGCAGAGAAAGGCCGCUGUGCCUCCUUGGAGGAGAUCCUGUCUCAGCGGGACGCUGCCCCGGCCUGCACCCUCCAGCUGCGGGCCGGGGACCCCCCAGGCCUCGUUCCACCCCACCCGGGGCAGCUGUCCCGGAUCCAGGACCUGGUCGCCAGGAAACUGGAGAAGACUCAGGAGCUGCUGACCGAGGUUCAGGGACUGGGAGAUGGGAAGCGAAAGGCCAAGGACCCCCCGGGGUCUCCUCCUGACUCUGAGUCAGAGCAGCGGCUGCUGGAGACAGAGCGGCUGCUGGGAGAGGCGUCGUCGAAUUGGAGCCAAGCAAAGAGGGUGCUGCAGGAAGUCAGGGAGCUGAGGGACCUGUAUAGACAGAUGGACCUGCAGAGCCCCGACUCCCACCUCAGAGCAGCCACUCAGCACAGUCAGUACCGGAAGAGCCUGAUGUGAACGAGGGGGACAGCGGCUGGAAUUGGGGGGUGGGGUACACGGACUCUUAUCUCCAAGUGUUGCAGGACAAAGCUUUUUUAUUUACCUCAGUCAAAAAAAGGAAAAAAAACCCCACAAACUCGUUGCUCUUGCUGCUGCCCAACCUUCCCCCCACCCCCGUUUCCUUCCUUAUCCGUGGCUGUUUCUCUGGCACCUCAGUUGCCUCAGAUUUGAGGAGGUGACCCCGACAGCGGUAUUAAGAAGCUCUCACCUAGACGAAGAGAGGGGGGGAUAAAGGCAUAGUCUGGCCAUUUACACACACCACCCCUCAGACACGGCAGGGAACGUUCUGCUGCUCCCAAGGACAUGCAUAAGCCAAGUUCGCGGGGGAGGCUUUUUCGCUUCCAUCCCAUUCCAGGUUUCCAAUCUGAGGGUGAAAUUUCAGCUGUCCAGCUCUAGCCCUGGGGAUAGGGAAGCCACUGCCAACUGCGCACACAGAAGUGACAUCUGUCCCUGCCCUGAGUAGGAUUUGUGGGGUCCCACCAGACACACCAGCUUCUUGCUCAUACCCUUUAAUGAGACUGAGCUGCCCGGCUAUCUUGUUCGCCGUGUGUCUUCCCUUCAUUUCCCUACCUUUCCCAACACCGACGCGAAGAUCCAGUGCUGGACAGUUGGAAUGGUGUGGUCCUUCGGUGGUGGGGGGGAGGGGGGCCCCAGGGCAGGGGAACUAGGGGCGGCUGACCCCACAGAAGAACCGCACUAAGAACGAAACUGAUUUGCAAUGCAAGCUGGGCAGGAUUGAGGGGAAAACCAAACGUGUGGCCAGGUUCCUCUUUUGGCCAAGCUAGGUUUCCUGUAGCCUCUCCCUCUCCUUCCUCAAACCUCUCUCCCAACACUCAUCAGGCCCCAACUUCAGCAAAACAUCUCUGUGCUCACGCCACCGCCCUCCUGGCCAGGCUCCCUUGCAUUCUUGUCAACGGUAGAUCUCACACACUCAUUCUGUUUUGUUUGCUUCUUCCCUCUGAAGUUCCUAAAAUCAGAUUAGCAACAGUGACAGGGGCCAGAGAAGGGUUGUGAAGGCAAGAGCUGAGUGGGUUUUGACAGGAAGGGGACAGAGAGCCUCACGAAUCAACUAAAGGGGUUAGAAGCCACUUGGAAGUUUAUGCACCCCUAGCUAGCCCCUUGACCCUCUUCCCUAGAUCUCUUGCUUCCAAGAAUCAAGACCUAGCGCUCUUCUUGGGGGUGAGAGGGGAGAACGUGGGGACAGAGGCCUGUUGGUGCUGGUGGUGAGGCUGCCCCAAUGUGACAUUCAGGAAGAUGCGGUAGGAGGGAGAAAAGGAAAAUCCCUUGGGGGGAGCGCAGACCCUUCCGUUCCCAAUCUUCUGCUCUGAUGUUACUUGCACAUCCCAAGUAAGCACGAUGGGAGAUGUCUCCAUGGAAGAGAGGUUCUUGCACCAUGCAUCCUGCAGGUUUUCCCCAGAUCUAGCCUGUAGUUCUCUAAACAAGUCUCUUCCCGGACGAAUAUGUAUCCUACUUGAGUGAGGGAGACGACACCAGAGUGCCACCUGAAUGUCCUGCCCAGGGUCUCCUGAGGCAGCAGGUGAAGAAAUCUGGGUCCGCAGACUUGCCAUCCUCCCGACAGGCCUCGCUCUCCUAAACUCACAUGCUCAGUAGACCCACCUGUUGUCCAAUCAUGAAAAUCAAGGUUAAAAUAUUUCCUUGUAGAA